GGUAAUCAGUCACAAAAAAAAAAAAAAAGAAAGAAAAAGAAAAAAAGAAAACGAUUCUGUAGGAGUUGCUUAAGUCUGACAGUACCAUCUUGGGGAACUGUCUGCCUUGGGAGAAUCAGGAUUUGUGCUAGGACAUCUGAGGAGUCAGAACUAAAAUAAGAGUGGAAGCCAGGACGCCAGAUUUCAACUCAACUUCAGUACUAACUAAUGAUGGUCAACAGCUGGCUGAGGUGGUGCGUGCCUGCCCAGGAGGGAUUCAAAAAGCGGCAAAGGUGGCUGGGCUCCUAAGGCUGAAUCUUGCGGGAGAGUCUGUCUGUUGCCUGCAAGAUUCAGACUCCAGACUAUAUGCCAGCAUUUCAAAUCCUAGAUCCCUUUAUUAACCCACAUCCAAGGCCCUGAUUGGAAGAGCCCAUGUCUACCAAAUAUACUCCAUUUGUUAGGUGUGGGCCAAGGAUUAAGCCCAUGUUGCUUUAUCAAGGGAAAAUAGUUUUUGUUAAAUAAUGGAAAUAACUUAAGAGACCAUAAAUAACUUGAGGGACCCUGAGUUGGGGAACACUGAAACAUAAUCUUUCACAUCUCACCUAACCCUGAGCUUCUAUAAUGAGCUAUCUUUAAGCAGAUUUUUGUAUGCAGAAGCCGUAUGAAAUGCACUGCUGUUUUUUUGUCGAAAGGAUCACAUGUUCUAUUUAUUACACAGGAUCCUCCCUGGCCUUACUACCAGAAGGUUGGGGUUUUCCUGGGAUAGCAUGGUUUUGUCUUAUGGACACAGUGAGACUGCAUAACUGAAAAUGUUCUUCUCUAUAACAGGAGUCAACAACUUUUCCCCUAAAGGGCCAGAUAACAAAUAUUUUCAGCUUCUGAGCUGUACAUUGUCACAAUUCCUCAACUCUGUAGCAAUGAAAACAGCCACUUACAAGUAAACAAGUGGGUGUGGCUAUGUUCUAAUAAAACUACAGAAACAGGCAACUGGCCUAGUCAGUUGACCCUGUCUCUGUACCAUUAACAGGCUGAGAGCCAAGUUAAGGGCUCCCCUUUAGCAAGCAGAACCUCACAGAAUGGAUUUUUUUGUAUUCACCUCAGUGUUUUAUUUUUCCUUUGUGUGGAUUUCCUCACCUCCAUGUUUUUAAUUUAAUUUGGCUGUGUUGUAAAAUUUUUGUAAGAUGCCUGAAAUACUUUUCGGGAAAAGAUGUAAUAUAAAUAAAGAAAAAUAGAUUGGAUUCAGUUUGCUUCAUUUUUAAACGUUAAGGACAGUUACUGUCAGUGGGAUGGGCUGCGAUGCCAAGCAAAACUCCCUUACUUCACCUUCCCCGGAUCGGGCUUCCCUGAGGGAAGAGAAAGUGCCCAGCACUAGGAACCUAAAUUAUGCAUCAAAUCUACAUACCAGUCUCCUACCGUCAAAACAAUGCUAAUACUGUAUUCUUCUCCAUGAGUGUAGUUACAAGUUAAUGGCAGGCUGGUGACUGCUUUGGUUAGUAGGCUACUUGUGCCAAUUGGGAAAACACCAGUUUCAGAGACAUAUUUUCAUUUGCAAAGCUAUGCCUAGGAUUAAAUGGAGCCUAGGAUACUUUGAAGGAGACUUUCUCAGGCAAUUUACUUUGCGCUAAUAAAUGAAAUGCUAUGAGGACAGUAAGACUUCACUUUGAGACUUAUAGGACCUGGGAAAUACAAGCGUUUAGAACAGUACCUUCUGGAUUUUGUGGUGCAGCAGAAAAAACACGGGACUGGAGUCAGAGUUUGAGUUCUACAAUGCCACUUUUCCUUAAACUUGACAAUGGAUUAAAAAAUUGAGAUUUUUAUCGUUCACUAGUAUAUGAGUAAUAUGUAAUUAUUAGAGCUGCCAUUUACUGAGCAUCACCAUCUAUCCUGUGCCAGGAACUUUAUCUCUAAAUCUGAUGGGAUUUUAAUGGAACUGGAGGAUGAAAUUCAGAGACUUUGCUUCAAGUCACAUACCCUGUAAGUGAUGGUGUGGAGGAAAAUCUGAGUCUGUCUGCCCUAAAGCCUGGUCAUGGGUCACUUAAGGGUGGGAUGCCUGGCUUGCUCAGUUGGUAAAGCAUGGGACUCUUAGUCCCAGGAUUGUGAGUUCAAGCCCCAUGCUGGGUGUGGAGCCUACUUAAAAUAAAUUUAAAAAAAAAGGGGAGGGGGACGCCAAGUCUUGUGAGGUCCAUUUCAGCAUUCUGAUAGGGCAAUGGGAAUGUUUAGAUACAAGAAAUUCAGCUUUCGGGAAUGGGUUUGAAUGGCUUCAGAGGCUGGCCAGUUGACUUACUUUUUUUUUUUCAAAUCUAGGAUUUAUUCUUUGGUUUAGUUUCCAAAUCCUGCCAGGCGUCUUCCUUUCCUAAUUACUCUUUGGAAAAUAACUGCUCCCACUGACCCUGAGACGGUUUUGUGUUUUCAGAACCUGCUCUACUUCCACGGUGAUUAAGGGACUAGGGAAGAACAGCAAGAACAGGGACAGAGACUCUCAACAAACGAGCCCCUCCCUCCUGCCUCCCUCGGACUCUGGAAAAUAACUUCUGGUUUUACUCUAGACACAGACUGGCUUUAUUCGGCUCAGGCAUUUUGACCUGUUCUUAGUGAAAGGGGUGCAGAAGCAGGCCAGAUGGCUUUUAGGUCCAGAUCCCUUCCUGGAAACAUCUCAGUUUUGACCUCUGACAGAGGAGGGCGACCUAGGAGACGGGAGACAGAGCCCUGGCUUCACCAUUAACCCAGAGCACGUGUGCCCACACCACGUCCCUCUCCGUCACCUUCACCAAUCCCGCGAAAACAGGCCAGAGGCCAGGAGAUUAAGCAAUGCUUUAGCCUCCCUGCAUCUAAUUCUUCGGUGUACAGGCCAACAACAGAGGGUCUGGGCCUGUGGCCUCACAGAGUCAGAUCUGUUCCGGGAGGAGCACCAAUUUUCCCUCCCAGGCUGCUCAAGCCCCACUGAUGACGGAUGAGAAUGAGGAGAAUGAUGAUGAGGAAGCCUGGCUGCAGCUUCGGCCGGUGGAGCCCUUGCCCUCUCAAUGCUGUGGCAGUGGCUGCUCACCUUGUGUGUUUGACCUCUAUCACCGAGAGCUGGCAAGGUGGGAGGCAGCCCGAGCCAGCAAGGACAGGAGCCUUCUGAAUGGGGAGGAACCACAGAGCUGCCUGUCUAGGCUGAGCCCAGAGACCUUCCUGGCUUUCCGCAUCAGUGCCAUGGACAGACUCACCGAGGACACUUACCGUGUUCGGUUUGCGCUCCCCAGGAACAGCCAGCUCGGCCUGCGGCCUGGCCAGCACCUCAUCCUACGAGGGAAGGUGGAUGACUUAGAAAUUCAGAGAGCCUAUACACCCAUCAGCCCUGCCAAUGCAGAAGGGUACUUUGAAGUUUUAAUCAAGUGCUACGAGACUGGGCUGAUGUCCCGGUAUGUCAAGUCCUGGAGUACAGGAGACACAACCUUCUGGCGAGGACCUUUUGGCGACUUCUUCUAUAAACCAAACCAGCACGGUGAGCUCCUCAUGCUGGCAUCGGGCACUGGCCUGGCCCCCAUGGUGCCAGUCCUGCAGAGCAUAACAGACAACGCAGAGGACGAGACCUUCGUCACCCUGGUCGGCUGCUUCAAGACCUUCGAGGGCAUCUACCUGAAAACCUUCCUCCAGGAGCAGGCCCGUUUCUGGAACGUCCGAACCUUCUUUGUACUCAGCCAGGAGAACUCCCUGGAGAAGCUUCCCUGGAGCUACCGGGAGAAGACCCGCUUUGGCCGCCUGGCCCAGGACCUGAUUGAAGAGCUGGUCAGCUCCUGCCGGAGAAAGCCAUUUGCAUUGGUCUGUGGCUCAGCCGAGUUUACCAAGGACAUGGCCAGGUACCUGCUGUGUGCAGGCCUAGCCGAGGACUCCUACUUCCUCUUUUAGCCCUUGCCUCCCUUCCAAAGCCCCAGCCAGCAUCCUGCCACUGAGACACUGGAAGAAGCACAGACUAGAGUCAGAAAACAUAGAGUGCAGGCCUGGCCCCACUGCUCACUGGCCAGGUGACCUUAGGUAAAUGCUUUCCCUCUGUGCACCUCUGUCUCUCAUCUACCCCACAAGCCUCCCAGCUCCCUCAGGCAGGUGUAUCCCUGUGCAGGGGAGUAUGGGGCUGCGGGGGCCCUAGGGAGGAGAAAGACCAGCAUGGGAGUCAAGGAGGCCUCUGUGGGAGAAAGCCGUGCCCAGCCCCGGAAUGAGUCAGGGUAGGCAGGAGAAGGUGCAGGAGUUUCCCAGGUUCCUUAGAUUAGAGGGCUUGGGGACUCCCGUCCCGUCCUACCCCUACCCUACCUGUAGGGGUAAAUGCCUGUUCUAAAACCUGCCUUCCCUGGAAACUGUAUGUCCCUGCUGUGGCCUCAGGGCUGGCUCAGCUGCGUUGCCUGCUAAGUGUUUAGGGAAUGACCACAGGGGUAGCUAAGAGCUCCUCAGAGGAGGAACUUGACUUUGCACCUCCUAUGCCUCAAGCCUGACACAACGGUCUUGGGGUCUGUGACCUGAUCACAUUCUUUGAGCAAGGUGGGCCCUGGAUUACCGUUAUUUUGUACUGGGCUCAGGCCUUUCCUGCUGCAGACAGCUCGGCUCUCAGUCUCCCCUGGCUCGAGAGCCCAGCCCAGAGUCCUUCCCCAGCAAAAGAGGUACAGAAACAAGUACCCCUCCCUCCAGCAGGCAGCCAGCUCAGCCCGCCUCCAGCCGGGAGCCCUGGUGACGGUUGCUAUGGCGAUCUAAAGAUAGAGCAAGAGUCAGGAGACCUGGGUCCUUCUCCCUGCUUUGCCCACUGAGCAGCUGCUGAUUCUGCUCCACCCCCACAGCCCUCCCCACCCCACCCCUCCAUCCCAUGUGGGGCCAGCCCUUCCCAGGGACCUGGCGCUCCUGGGCAGCACACUGCAGGUAAUGAACUCUGCUUCCCACCGUCUGGUCUCCACUGUGCUGCAUCAGCUUGGGCUGGCUGCGGGCACUCUGGAAUUGGAACAUGAAGCCAUGAAAUCUCCAAGUCAGAGGACCACAGAAGCAGAGUGAGAACAUUACAGUCAUGGGAUCACAGUCGUCCUCACACCAGAGAUUAAAGCUCAGGACUCCAGAAAGCA